UUGUAUUGGAUGUUGCCACAGCAGCACAGUGUAGGUCUCUGCUCUGUAAACUCUUAUGAUUAGGAAAGCUGUGAAACUUUGCUCUGAUCAUGGAUAAUGUCUCUGCUAUAAGAAUGUUCACUCUCUCAGGGAUAAACGAGACAGUGAAUUACAGAAUUGCCAUCUUCUCUCUCACUUUACUCUAUUACAGUGUGAUUUUGUUUGUCAAUAUUGCUCUCAUUGCGAUUAUUGCGUUCGAUGAAAACCUGCAUGAGCCGAUGUACAUUUUACUGGCCAGUUUUUGCAUUAACGGACUUUAUGGGUCAGUGGGUUUCUACCCCAAAUUCCUGUUAGAUCUGCUGUCGUCUUCUCAAGAAAUCUCAUAUGAAGCAUGCCUUCUGCAGGCUUAUGUCAUGUACUCAUUUGCUUGCUGUGAUUUGUCCAUUCUAGCAGUUAUGGCUUACGACAGGUAUCUGGCUAUUUGUCGACCUCUGCACUACCACUCUUUCAUGACGAAGAGGCGGCUCUCUCUGCUGGUAUGUUUCUCCUGGUUGAUGCCUUUUUCCAUAUUCUCCGUCAGUAUUCUACUAACAUCUACAAAAAAGUUAUGUGGCUCAAAUAUUCAGAAACUCUACUGUGUGAACUGGCUGAUCGUUAAACUUGUUUGCCCUGAUAAUGACACCCUUUCGAAUAGCAUCGUGUCAUAUGCAACCAUUUGUCUGUAUGUGUUACAUGGCUUUUUCAUAAUGUGGACUUACAUGCAUCUUAUAAAAACAUGUGCGAGGUCCAAAGAGGACCGGCUGAAGUUUAUGCAGACAUGUGUUCCCCAUUUAAUCUCUUUAUUGACAUUCAUGUUUGUAAUGCUUUUUGACUUGAUGUACAUGCGAUUUGGCUCCUCGACUUUACCUCAAAGCCUUCAAAACUUCAUGGCUAUAAUAUUUCUGCUCAUCCCUCCAGUUAUGAAUCCUCUCAUAUAUGGAUUUAAAUUGACCAAAAUACGACACAGAAUUCUGGGUUUAAUUUAUGUCAGAAGAAAAUGACCUCAGAGUUGAACAUCUAAUGCAUUCAUGCUUAUAUGCUCACAGUAUUGAUGAACACUGUUUCCUCAGCAUAUGCUCAUCAAAAAGCACUGAAUUUUCAUUUCACUGAUGCUAUUUCUGCUAUAUGACAGCAAAGAUAAUGUGCAUGAAUGUAUGAAUAUGUUUGUGGCUCUGUAUGUAAAUUAAUUAGGAAGCAAACACAAACACACAUACAUCAGAGAAAUGUUUUUACUGGGUUGGUAAUAUAAAAACUGCUGUAACUCUUGAACUGUUGCUUUUAUU